AUGGCCGACAUCCCCGACUUCAUCACCGCCCUGGAGGCAGCGCAGUCCAAGUCCAAAUUCACACCCGAAGUGCAGUCCGCCGCCGAGGGCAUCGAUGCCGCAACCUUGAAAGCCGCCGUGGCCGCCGCCGCCGAGAUGGGCGAGACCGAGACCGUGUCCGACGCGGCGCAGGCCGCAGCGCUGAAGGCGGGGUUCGAGUUCGCGACUAAGCUCGUGAUGAUGCUGAAGAGCGCCCCCGGGCCGUAUGAGAAGAAGGAUCUUUACGUUUACUUCAAGAUUGCGCGCAAGGAGACGGUUGAGAAGCCCGCUUUCUAUGAUAUGGUUAAGAAGCAGCUCUACGGCGAGUGGGAGAAGGUCAACCACUACAGCGACUCGAAGGCGCAGGCUAUCUAUAUCCAGAACGUGAAUACCCUCAUCAACAAGUAUGGUACUCGUGAUGAGUGA